AUGCACUGCGCUGUAGUGAUUGUGCUGUGGCUGUUUAAGGCGCCGAUGACCGUUACCGAUCAGACUCCGAUGGAGACUGUUAUUGACAUGUUCAGGAAGCUUGGCUUGAGACAAGUGCUUGUGACGCGGAAUGGCCGCCUCCUCGGUAUUAUUACCAAGAAAGAUAUCUUGCAUUUUAUGAAAAUGGGCGAUACCAUCGAAAGUCAUCCUUUCUAA